UGACCCGCCCCAUUUUGAUGAGUCGGACAGUUUUCAUUGGCGGGCGGGAGAGCUCACAGCCAAUAGGCUGCAGCGAGGAGAGAGAUUGGCUACGGCGGGUAGUUUGAAUAUCACUGUAUGGAAGUGUGAUCAGCGGGGAGCGGAGCUGUGCUGAGCGUCCGGAGAGAGCGAGAUUUGAAGUUGGAUAUUCACAAAGAUGGGAGCAGCAGAGUCCAGAGGUCAGGUGACUCCGUCUCGGCCAAUCCGAAACCGCCAUCUCUCCCAUGUGACUGAUCCCCGCUCACCUACCUGUGGCAUCAUGAGAACACCAAUCGAGGUCGGGGAUUCUCCGAAGCGCACUAUUAUGUGUGAACAGGAGGAGGAGGUGGAGUCCGCAGAGAUCGAAGACCCCCGCUCACCCACACAUGGGAUUGUGCGAACCCCUUUAAGGCCAUCUUUACAUGAUUCCUUGAACUUUCUGGCAAAGCAGCUAAGCGAGGUGUUUGUAUCGGAGGAUUCUGGGAUUGAGGGAGGCCCAGCCUCUGAUGUAGACUCUCCAGCUCCCUCUUCUGAAGAGCAGGCGGUGGAUGACCAGCCCUCCAUACCCUUCUCCUCCGGGGUUGAGGAGAUGGCAGUGGAAAGUCCAGUAGUCCAAGCUGAGAUACCGGCGGAGCCAACGCCACCACCGGCAGAGCCAACGCCACCGCCAGAGGAGCCAUCUCCACCACCGGCAGAACCAACGCCACCGCCAGAGGAGCCAUCUCCACCACCGGCAGAACCAACGCCACCGCCAGCGGAGCCAACUCCACCACUGGCAGAGGCAGAGCCAACGCCACCUCCCCUGCAACCACAGAAGCAACGAGGCAAAUCGCCACACGGUUCUGGUUCCAAAAACGUUCGCCAGCGUCCUAGGAAAGCCUUAAUGACUACGGCCCCUGGCCGCUCCCCGCUGAAAAUCUUACAGGAGGACAACAGCCCCAGCACUGCUGUACAGAACAGACAGAAGAAGAGGAUCUCCUUCCAGUCUGAUCCGCCAUCGUCUGUCCGGAGCCUGAAGAUCUCUCAUAGUAGCUGGGGGAUGUCCCACAACAAGGAGAACACACAGUACACCCACAGCGAGAGCUGAACCCUCCCCACUACUGCCCCCCCCUCUCCUCUAUAGAGGAUGUGUAUAUGGACUGAAUAUAUUCUUCCCGUAUAGCUGCUGCUGCAUGCAGACCCCCCUUGUACACUACUAGUGUAAAUAUUUCUGCUACUUUUCUGUCUGAUUAUUUUUCAAUGUUUUAAAAUAAACCUGAUUUUUAUCAAA